UUAAGCUCGCCCAUAGUCCUCCGUGCGGCCCCCACACCGUCACCGAAUUCGCGAACACACUGUACAACAGUCGCAUUUGCCAGUUUAACUUAGUGCCCUUCCCUCCCGACCACCCCGGUCUGGACUUACAGUGCUUCGCCCGUCCCUUCAGUUUUUCACCGCCGAAGAAGUCUGCAUCGAGGACGCGCCAUGUCGGCGUGGACUCAACUGAAAGAGCCAGGGCCGGCUUUAAUCAUUUUAGUGCUGGCUGCGUUUUCACAAGUUGUCAGAGGAGCACCUUUAGAUGACUUAGAACAACAAAGCUCGGAAAUUGAAUACUAUCCAGUCGCAGAUGCAACUGGUUGCUACUACAAUUUCGAGCACUACGACGAGGGAGACAGGAUAAUCACGAACGAGCCAUGUCUGAAUUGUACUUGCCAUAAUAGGAUGCUCAUGUGCUAUCUCAGAGUUUGCCCGUUCACGAAAGCCAUCGGUCAGGACUGCAAGGUAGAGAAGAAGCCCGACCAGUGUUGCCCGGUCAUUACUUGUCCUGAAGUUCCCGUGCAUCUACUCUCUUCCGAUUCCACGACGCCCUCUACAGCAGUAGGACACCCGAACGAAUACGGUUGUUCGAUCGACAACCUCUUCUACGCGGAUGGUGCCAAAGUACCCUCCAACCCCAACAAUCCCUGCGAGGUGUGCUAUUGCAUCCGAAACAAGACUGCUUGCAUAAUCCAAGAAUGUACUCUAACAGGAAAAGUUGUUGAAGGCUGCCGUCCUGUAUAUGUAGAUGGAGUUUGUUGUCCCGUGCGUUACGACUGCGACCACCCAGAGCUGGAAUCAACUCCAAGGCCAUUAUUGACGACCACUACGACCACUUUACCUCCAACAAGUGCACCCACCGACUGUAUUUACCGCAACGAGGUCUACGCUGAUGGGGCCUUAGUGAAGAAGGAUGUACCAUGCGAACAGUGCUACUGCAUGAAAGGAGAUAUAGUUUGCGCCGUUCAGGAAUGUGGACCAACUCCUCUUGAUAAGGUCAAUUGUACUGCACUGCCAGCAAAGGAAGGCCAGUGUUGUCCAGAUACGUACGAGUGUGAUAAUAUCUCCGAAAAAGAUCUAACUACUUUAACUUACUAUGAAGCACCCACUACACAACCCACGGAGAUUGUAUCCAAAGAAAGCUCAACCCCUGAAGUUGAAGAACAAACAACUACCGGUCAGGAGGAGGAGCAACCUUCACCUGAAGCAGAGGGACAAGUUACAGAAUUCAUUGCGCAAGGUACUGAAGACAUUAGCGCAACACAACCUGUCACUGAAAGUGCUACAGUUGAAACAUUCACAUCUAGAAUAACAGAUGCCGUUGACGCCAUAACUACAAGAGUUACCGAGAUCGUUGAAGCUAUCACAUCUGCUGUAUCCAAAUCAGAUCAAGAAACAACUGGUGAACCCGAAACACCUUCUGCAACGGAUAAAUCCCAAACUACCGACCAACAAACAGCCACCGAAAGCGAGGUUGAAGAAGGAACGAAACCCGAACUAAUUGUAACUGAAAAAACUAGUCAAGAAACUGUGUCUUCAGAAGAUGAAGGUCCCAAAACGACUGCAGCGGAAUCAGCAACUGAAUCGUUUGAAAUACCCGCUCAUGACGAUCACGAAGAACACGAAGACCUGCCAGAAGAAGAAAAUGAUAUUGAAGGUAGUGGUAAACCAACAGAAGAACAACCUCCGUCUGUGACAUCCGUACCUAAAAUUGAAGACAAACAUACCAGACCUGUUGAUGAAAUCGGCGCUGAGCAAGGAACAACUCAACAACCCGAAGGCGGCUUGCCUACUACAGAAGAAGUACAGGAAGGUAGUGGUGCGCCAGAGGAACACACAGUUAGCGCUGAACCAGAACCAACAACACAUGCGGGUGUAGAAAUAGUCGUCACAGAACGUGAAGGUGAAGGCACUCAACCCACUGUUUCCUUAGAACCUGAGAGUCAUGUGAAAGAAACCGUACCUCCACAAAUAUCAACCGAGGAAUCAGCAACGGAAUCAGCUGGAGAAAAACAAGAACCACCUGUAACAGAUGCAGAAGCACAAGAAACUGUUCAGCCUCUUGAGCCUGAAAGAAGUACUGAACAAACCAAGCUUGAAACUCCUACGGUACCGAAAGUUGUGACAACAAUCAGUGAGGAAGAACAGCCACAUCACGACAUUACUCAAGAAGGAGAGGGAGAGGGAGAAGAGGUUACAGAAGAAAUAACCAAGGCACCAGAAGACAAAUUAAAUGAAUUGGUACCCUCUGUUGAUGAACCCCAAACAACGGUGAAAUCAGAAGAAGAAAAAGCACCUGAGACCGAAGAACCAGUAACAGAAACUGAACAAAAAGAGACAUCAGCUGCAGAACAGCCCACAGGCGAUGAAGAAGGCAAACUUGUUACAACCACCGAAAAAGAAGAACUUGAAAUCAUAACAGAAACUGUAUCCAAAGAAACAGAUAAACCUGUGUCAAUGGACCACAUUACCGAAACUGUUACAGUAACUCCUUCUGAAGAAGAAACAGAAGCAACUGAAAAAGAGGUAGGUGAAGAGGUAACCGAAAAGAGUAUAGAAGCAACAGAAACUGAACAGCCUAUUGCUGUUACUCAGCCUAGUACCGAUGAAGCUGGAACUUACACUACAACCUCUGGAGAGGAAGGAAUUACAAAUAUCCCUGGGUCACCAGAAAUUUGUGAUGACAAAGGAUGCAAGACCGCACAAGAUGAAACACCUGCUGUAGUUGAAGAGAUUUGCACUAAGGAAAGUUGUAAACCUCAGGAACAAUUACCUAGUACAGAAACUGGCACUGAUGUACCAGUGGUACCAGUGGUUUGCGAGUCUGAACAUGGAUGUGAACCUUCUCCAGGUAAAGAGGUCAGUAAAAUACCAGGAGAAUCUGUUCCAAAAGAAUGUGAAAAUGAAACCGAUUGCGUCCCAGAAGUACCGGAGAAGGAAACACCUACAGAUUGUCAAGGUGAAGAAGGCUGUGUACCAGCUGUUCCAGGCAAAGAAUCGGAAAGCCCUGUAACUGAUAAGAUUCCCGAACCUCAAUCGCCAACUUGCGAUUCGGAUUCCGGUUGUGCGCCCGAAGAAACUGAUAAGAAAACUCCAGAAGUUGUACCAACCGAAGUUCCUGAAUUAGAUAAACUCACAACUGAAGCUGCUGUUGACGAAACCGCCACACGUGAUGCUACUGAACCGUCUGUAGUGGGUAAAACAGAACAACCAGAAGUUGAAGGUUCUGGAGGAGAAGUUACAGAUAUUACUGAACAUGGUACGACACCUGAGGAAUAUGAAACUACUUCACCAGGACUGGCACCUACAAUCAAACCAGAAGAUCAAACACAACAGACUCUUGCUGUUGAGAAGGAACAGGAACUAGAAACUACAGAAGGAGAAUUGAUUGGAGCCCAAACUACUACCCGAUCAGAUUUAGAAAAAGAAACAGAAACCACCGCAGCACCUGAAAGGGUGAGUCCACUUCCCGAUGAGACAGCUUCUGCAGAAACUACUUCUUCCGAAGCACCUAAAGAAGAUAAAACAGAAGCUCCACAAGAAUCCGACUUAUCAGUCUCCCCUAUAUCUCCAGAAAGUACUGAAGUUCCAGAAACAAUUACUGCCAGUACUACAGAAACCCAGAAAGUAGAAGUUCCUUCUUAUACAGAACUCCCUGAGCAAGAAAAAGAUAUACAAACUGAAAGUAUCGUUCAGGAAACCACAGAUCAAAGUGAUGUUAGAAAAACUCAGGCUACUGAGGUGUAUCCUACCCAAACAGAAGUAAUCGGUGAAACUACACCAGUUGUAGAAAUAAUUACCCCUAAACUUGAAACAGUGUCACCUGAGGGCAGUCCAGUGACAGAAAUCAAUAUCCCUCAAGAGACCGAAAGUAGUGUAACACAAGGUACAAGCCAAGAACAGGAAGUAACGAUGGUAGAAGAAGUCGAAGGACAAACAACUGAAAGCCAUAUCAAACCUCAGGAGCAAGAAGGUACAGAAAAAUCAACCUCUGCUAUAACUCAAGUUCCCGAAAUAACCGAUCAAGUUUCUAUCGAUACUGAAACUACUGAAACUGUUACGGAAAGUAAAACACCAGAAGGCGGUCAAGAGACAGAAUCACCUAUUUCAGAAGGUCCUGAAGGUCCAAUAGAAACCCCUGCAUUAUCAAUAACAACAGAACAAUCAAAAUAUGAGGGAACAGAAGUACCAGAUCAAGUUUCACCACAUGAAUCUGAAGCACCACAAGAACCCACAACAAGCAUUCCUUCAGAAGUACCUGAAAGUACUGAGCAAAUUCCUUCUGAAGGAACUCCUGAAGAAGUUUCGCAAGGUGCUAUUGAAACUGACGUUCCAAUAUCUGCUACGGAAUCAGAACUUGAAGUUACCUCUGUGUCUGAAGAACAUGGCAUUCCUGGAGAAGGAAGUUGUUUGGUCGAUGGCCAAACUUACAAAAAUAACUCGCAUAUCCCACCUAUUAAUCAAUGCCAGACCUCAUGUAAAUGUCUUAGUUCGAUAGUUCAAUGUGAAUCAAUCCCUUGCACACCACCUCCGAGUAAUUUACAAUGCGCACCAAUAUUCCAUUCUUCAGAUGCUUGCUGUCCUGUAUAUAGUUGCUCUGUACCUGGAGUUACCAGUAUGGAAUCGGAUAGCCACGUCAUGGAAACGACUACAGUCGGAGAAUCGAUUACUAGAGUGGUUCCUGGAGAAGAAACUGCAACUGAAGUAAUUCCAGAAAAAAUUGCAACUGUAAAGUCUGAAGUCGGUGAAGGUGAAGUAACAGAGCAGGUACCUGUCAAGCCUACAGAAGUAUCGGUUGCUGGAGAAAUCACAGAGUCCAGUGAUGCACAGGUAACAACACAGAAGGAAGUAGUUAGUGAAACUGAAAAAGAAAUUAAGGAAACUCCUGCUCCUGAAACACAAACUGUAAAAUCUGAUCAAGAAGUUACUACUUCAGUUGAACCUUCAGAAGAGCAUAUUCCAAGUCAAGAUGAUAUAGAAAAUGAAAUUAUCGAAGAACCCAUCCAUCCCGACCACUGUGGUAGUGACGGUUGUGCUCCGGUUGAACCAACAAAAUUGCCUCAAGAAGAAAUCACAGAUUUGCCAGAAGUGAGCCAACAAGUAGAAACGGAGGCACCGAAAGAACCUCAAGUUACUGAUCAGAUCGCAACUGAAACCGAACAAAAAGUACCAGAAACAACUAUUUCCGGUGUGACAGAACAACCACAAGCUGAAAUUCCAGAACAAACAGAAGGGGAAAAAGAGGUUGACUUACCAGGUACUAGUGAAAGUGUAAUUCCUGAAAGACCAAUUGAGGGAGAAACAGAAGUUUCAGUAACAGUCCAACCACAACAAGAAAUACCAGAACAGACAGAAGGUCUUAAAACUUCCGAUAAGGAAGGUGAACUUCCAGGUACUACCGAAAGCGUAAUUCCAGUUGAAGGACAAACAGAAGGUCAAACAGAGGGUGCUCUUCCAGGAAUUACUGAAAGUGCAGUACCAGAAAAGCCAAUUGAAGGAGAAACAGAGAUUUCAGUAACAGUUCAACCACAAGAAGAAAUUCCAGAACAAACUGAAAGUGUAGUUCCAGGAAAGCCUAUUGAAGGAGAAACAGAGAUUUCAGUAACAGUUCAACCACAAGAAGAAAUUCCAGAACAUACUGAAAAUGCAGUUCCAGAAAAGCCUAUUGAAGGAGAAACGGAAGUUUCAGUAACAGUACAACCACAACAAGAAAUACCAGAACAAACAGAAGAAGAAAAAGAAGGUACCGUACCAGGUACUUCUGAAAGCACAGUUUCCGAAACACCAAUUGAAGGAGAAACAGAAGCCUCAGUAACACUGCAACCAGAAGUAGAAAUUCCAGAACAAACAGAAGGUUUUAAGAUUUCUGACAAAGAAGGUGAACUGCUGGGUACUACUGAAAGCUCAGUUCCAGAAAAACCGAUUGAAGGUGAGGUAGAAGUUCCAGAACAAACCGAAAAAGAGGGUGUUCUACCAGAUACUACCGAAGGUGUAAGUCCCGAAGGAACUAUUAAAGAAGGAACAGAAAGUGCGGUAACACAAGAAAUUCCAGAACAAGGGGAAAAAGAGAGCGCCUUACCAGGCACUACUGAAGGCACAGCUCCAGAAACACCAAUUGAAGGAGAAACAGAAGUCUCAAUAACAGUACAACCACAACAAGAAAUACCAGAACAAACAGAAGAAGAAAAAGAAGGUACGGUACCAGGUACUUCUGAAACACCAAUUGAAGGGGGAACAGAAGCCUCUGUAACACUGCAACCAGAAGAUGAAAUACCAGAACAAACAGAAAAGGAACAAGAGGGUUCCUUACCAGAUGUUACUGAGAGCAUAGUUCCAGGAAGACCGCUUGAAGAAGGAACAGAGGUUCCAGUAACAGUACAACCGCAAGAAGUUCCAGAACAGACAGAAAGUGUAAAAGAGGGCGUUUUGCCAGGUACUACUGAAAGCGUGGUUCCAGAUAAACCAGUGGAAGGAGAUACAGAAGUUUCGGUAACAGUACAACCACAAGAAGAAGUUUCUGAGACAGUACAACCACAAGGAGUUCCAGAACAAACAGAAAGUGUAAAAGAGGGUGCUCUGCCAGAUACUACUGAAAAACCAGUUGAGGGAGAAACAGAAGUUUCAGCAACAGUACCACCACAAGAAGUUUCAGUAACAGUUCAACCACAAGAGGUAGUUCCAGAACAAACAGAAAGUGUAAAAGAGGGCGGUAUAUCAGAUACUACUGGUACUACUGAAUCUGUAGUUUCAGAAGAACCAAUUGAAGGAGAAACGGAAGUUUCGGUUACCGUACAACCACAAGAGGAAGUUUCAGUAACAGUACAACCACAAAAAGUUCCAGAACAAACAGAAAGUGUAGAAGAGGGCACCUUACCAGGUCCUACUGAAAGUGUAGUUCCAGAAAAAUCAGUUGAAGGAGAAACAGAAAUUUCAGUAACAGUACAACCACAAGAAGAAGUUCCAGAACGAACAGAAAGUGUAAAAGAGGGCGCUCUGCCAGGUACUACUGAAGGUGUAGUUUCGGAAAAACCAGUUGAAGGAGAAACAGAAGUUUCAGUAACAGUACAACCACAAGAAGAAGUUCCAGAACGAACAGAAAGUGUAAAAGAGGGCGCCCUGCCAGGUACUACCGAAGGUGCAGUUCCAGAAAAACCAGCUGAAGGAGAAACAGAAGUCUCAGUAACAGUACAGCCACAAGAAGAAGUUCCAGAACGAACAGAAAGUGUAAAAGAGGGCGCUCUGCCAGGUACUACUGAAGGUGCAGUUCCAGAAGAACCAGUUGAAGGAGAAACAGAAGUCUCAGUAACGGUACAGCCACAAGAAGAAGUUCCAGAACGAACAGAAAGUGUAAAAGAGGGCGCCCUGCCAGGUACCACUGGAGGUUCAGUUCCAGAAAAACCAGUUGAAGGAGAAACAGAAGUCUUAGUAACAGUACUACCACAAGGAGAGAUUCCAGAACAAACGGAAAGUGUAAAGGAAGAUACUCUGCCAGAUGCUACCGAAAGCGUAAUUCCAGAAAAGCCAAUUGAAGCAGAAACAGAAACUUCAGUAACAGUCCAACCACAGGAGGAAAGUGAAAAAGAGGGUUCUCUGCCAAGUGCAACUGAAAGCAUAGUUCCUGAAAUUCCUGCCAAAGAAACAGAAGCUUCAAUAACGGAACAGCCAGAAAAAGAAUAUCCAGAACAAACAGAAGAGACAGAAGAGGGUGCCCUGCCAGGUACUACUGAAAGUACAAUCCCAGAAAAACCAAUUGAAGGAGAAACAGAAGCUUCAGUAACAGUACAACCACAUGAAGUUCCAGUACAAACAGAAAGUGGAAAAGAAGGUGCCGUGCCAGAUACUACUGAAAGAAUAAUUCCAGGAAAGCCGAUAGAAGGAGAACAGGAAGUUCCAGUAACAGUGCAACCACAAGAAGAUAUUCCAGAACAAACGGAAGGUCAGAAAGAAGGUGCACUGCCAGAUACCACUGAAAGCGUGGCUCAAGAAAAACCUAUUGAAGGAGAGACAGUACAACCACAAGAAGGAGUUCCAAUAACAGUACAACCACAGGAAGUUCCAGAACAAACAGAAAGUGUAAGAGAAGGCGCCCUACCAGAUACUACUGAAAGCGCCAUUCCAGAAAAACCAAUUGAAGGGCAAACAGAAGUUCCGGAACAAACAGAUGGUCAAAAAGAGAUUUCUACUGAAAGCGUAGUGCCAGAGAAACCAAGCGAGGAAGAAAUGGAGGUACCAGCAAUAGAACAAGAUGAGGUCAAUACGGAGGAGAUACCAAGCCAUAGUUUAGUAACUGAAAUUUCAGAAACUGUAACAGAAACUGAUAGUGAAGAGUCUGCAAAAACUCCUGAAGAGAUAGCAGCCGUGCCUGAAAUGGAAGAAGCUGUUACAACGCCUUCUGUAUUAACUAUUACAGAUUCAGUUUCAAGCGAAACUUCCCCUCAGGUUUCAGAACAAACCACUCUAGGUGUUCAGGAAGAGCCAGAAGUAACAAGUGAGUCUGUUCAACCACAGUAUGAAGGUAGUUCAGCGCCUACUGAAACCGGAUCAGUAGAAGAAUUAGAAACUCCCUAUCAAACCACCCUUCCUUCUGCAGUGCCAACAGAUCAAGUUCAAACAACACAACCUUUGGAGAUUGAGACGAAACCUGAAAGCAUUACAGAGUCACAUGUUAUUGGUACUACACAAGUAUUGGAAGCAGAAUCUCAAGUGACAGUAAAAGCUGAGGAAGAAAGCGAAAAACCUCAAGAUGUUACAGAUGCUUCUAUAAUUGAAGCCGUUGCAGAAACCACUUCGAAACAAUUAGCGGGAGAACCAGCUACUGAAAUACCAAAAACAGAGGGUCCACAAAAAGAAAUUGUAACUGAAAUACCAACUGUGGAGCAACAACCUACUAAAUCGGAAACGGAAGAAUCUGCUACAGAAAAACUUGCAACUCCUGUAAGCGAGAUAACUGAACCUACUACCGUUAAAUUGGAGGAACCAGAAGUAACUGAAAAGGUUAUUGUUCCUGAAAAAGAAUCUGAAACUGAGCCUUUCCCAACUCACGCACCUGUAGAAAACUUAACUGAAAUCGGAUAUACACCACCAGUUACAGAAACUAAAGAAUAUACUACCGGUAUCCCAGUUGUUACAGAAGGUGAACAACUUGAGGUAUCAACAGAAGGAUCUCUGAUUAGCAAGCCAACGGAAGAAACAGUUAAAUUAGAAAGUGAAGGUGUAUCUUCAACUGAGAGAGAAGAGCCAGUAUACACAUCACCUCAGGUCACGAGCCAGAGCCCAACCAACGAUUCCGCGUUGUACACGUCAGGACCAAAAAUCGAAGAGACUACCAAAAAAUACGUUAAAGGAGAACUCUCUACUUCAGUCCCUGUAACCCAAUUUUCUACCUCACAACCGUCAACUGCAGCACCCACACAUGCCCCAGCUCCUGCUCCUGGACACGAUAUCCCAGGCGAACAAAUACCUGAGCUCCCUGAUUAUCACGCACCAGACGACUACGAAGAUGAAGACCAGAGUCCUCUAGGACCUGGAACAUGCCGAUACGGCGGAAAAGUGUACGUUUCCGCCCAACAAAUUCCCCGCGACGAUCCCUGCGAUUUCUGCUUCUGCUUCAGAAGCGACAUCAUUUGCCUUCAACAGAGCUGUCCUCCACCGAUCCCCAGGUGCCAUGAAGAACCAAUCAGAGGUUUCUGCUGCCCUAGGUACGAAUGCCCGGUUGGUAUGGCGACGGCUGUGAACGUAACCACAUCGACGACCACGACCACCACCACCUUACCGCCUCACUUCUUGUCGCAUGCCUACAAGGGCAGAGUGACGAAGUCAGGCUGUCAGAUCAAGGGGCGGGCCUAUCAAGUAGGGGAUGUCAUCCCGUCUGCUUCCGGGCCAUGUCUUCAGUGCACAUGCGGUGGAGACGGCGAGAUGAAAUGUGAUCCAAAGGCGUGCAGCCCCGAACCGAUGCUGAGACAGAUGAUAGCGGCAGCGGUGUCGAGGAGGAGGAGAUGAGCGAAUUUGUAAAAUAGUGUGACAAUGCAACAGUAUUGUGCAAGUGAUACAGACGAUUUUAUAUUAAUUGAAUAUAGUCUCGAACUUUAACUGAAAAGCAUUCUCGGGUGCCAAAACGGACAUUAAAUAGGUAUCGUGCCUUUUCUCAAGGAAUCUCGGACGAUUCCCUAUCGCGGAAAACAGUGCAGCAGCACACGAAAAAAAAAAUCGUUCAAGUGACGCACGCGCGACGACAUGUACUCGACUAGAUUAUUUUUAACGAACAUGACUGAAAAAAAUUUUUACACUUUUGUAAUUAGGAUCUGAAGUGUCGUUUUUUGAUAAGCCAUUAAUGUACUACACGGGCUCUUAUAUUAGUGUUACAUAUGUGUUGCGUAUCCCGAAAGAUGUCUAAGUUGUUUGACUGGCAGAAAGAAGACGUUAUCAUUUAGAGUGUAGCUUAAGUAAUUAUUAAAUUAAAUUUAUCGUUUCUGCCACUUGAACGCUUAGACUAAUACCUGUAUAUUAACGGAUGCUCAAUAUUAUACAAUUAAGUAGAAUAUGUAGUAUUUAUCAAUAAUAAUAAAUAAAUUAUGUAAAU